ACAUGUCAAUAGCAAAAUUUAAUUUAAUAUAAAUAAAUAAAAUACAUAGUUAAGUCGUAUGCGUAUUUUAUCAUAUUGUAAACAAAUAUGUACUUGAUUGCAUGUAUUAUAAUAUGAGUAUUAAAUUCCUAGUUAGACGUGACUAAGAUAAUCCUUUGUGAUUUACUUACUGCGUAUGUGCAUGUGAAUGCUAUUGAAUUUAUUCGUUAUUGCCAGUAUUUUUACUAAUAAACUCAAUUAUUAGUAUAUUACAUAUUCAUUAAAAUGCUUAAACUCAAUAAGUGUGGUGACGUGAGUAAAUAUGGCCCCAUAUUUGACAACGAACAUCCCAGCAGUUCUAGUGCCAAAAGCCGACGAAGUAGUUGUUUGGUAUGUUUACUACCACUCAUAUUGAUUUCAGUUAUUAUAAGUGCAAUUAUUCUGUGUUAUCCUCGACUCAAUACUGAUGCCUUAACUCUACAUACCCUACAAAAGUCCGUAAUACGUGCUGCGAUCUACUCGGAGAAUCAGGUACAAAAUAAUGGGUACUACAAAUUGUUGAAUGUGCAACAAGAAGUGAGUGGAGGCAGAGUUGAUGACAAGGUGGUCUCAUGUUACUACGAUACUCCUAAUAGCCAAGACAGCAAUCAGUUAAUGCCUAUUAACAUCCACCCACACCUGUGUACACACAUAAAUGUCGCAUUUGCGCGUGUUGUGAACAAAACCAUAUCACUAGAUGAUCAACAAUACAAAACUCUAUCAGAAGUAGUGAAUUUAAAAAAGAUAAAUCCUACAUUAAAAGUGUUGUUGUCUGUGGGCGGAGCUGGCAAUGAUAAUGGUUUCACAGAAAUGGUAGCAGACCAUGCGUCUAGAAAGAUAUUUAUUAGGUCGAUUAAGUACAUAUUAAGAAAUUAUACACUUGAUGGUAUUGACUUGGAUUGGGAGUUUCCAGCUAUACACAACUCUCAAUAUCAGUUGCAAAAACGAGAGAGACAACACUUCUCACAGCUGUUACAUGAGAUUCGAAGCGAAUACAUUAGAGAGAAACGGGAUUACUUGUUAACAGUAGCUGUAGCAGCUCCAGAGACACUAGUCGAUGUUUGCUACGACAUAGACCAGUUGAAUAUGUAUACUGAUUUUGUAAAUAUUAUGACUUACGACUUUCAUUAUUUCACUAAAUUCACACCAUUCACUGGAUUGAAUUCCCCAUUGUAUGCAAGACCGACUGAACAAAUGUACAUGGCAACACUUAACAUCAACUACACUGUAAAUAUGUACCUGAAUAAAGGACUUAACCGUAACAAGAUUGUAGUUGGUAUUCCAACAUAUGGACAUUCUUUCACUUUGGUUAACGCUGACAAUACCCGAGUAGGCAGCCCUGCAUUCUCCUAUGGUACACUUGGAGGCCUUGGAUUUGUUAACUACCCUGAUAUAUGUACUUACAUAAAUAGCCACAGUACUGUGACAGUCAAACAAGAUGAAGAUGCGAAGGUGCCAUAUCUCUAUAACAAUAAGGAAUGGGUAUCAUAUGAUACACCAAAAAGCGUUAUGGAAAAAGCGAAUUACAUCAAAGAAAAUAAUUUACGUGGUGCUAUGAUUUAUUCAUUGAAUGCUGAUGAUUACAAUGGAUUAUGUGGUGAUGAAGGUGACAGUUCCAAAUUCCCCUUAUCCCGAUCAGUUAAAAAUGUGCUGCUCAACAGUGUAUAUGUUACGGCCAGUAGAAAUUAAAGAAAGUUAUGCAUUCCAUCGCCAAUUGCAGUGUAAUUCAUUGGCAGGUUCCGUUAAGCGUUGAAACAUUGUAAUUACCUGUUUUUUUCUGGUGACAUAAGUGAUUUUGUACAUGGUGCAAGACUUCAUGAUACGCCAAAACAAAAAUGUGCACUGGCAGUGUUGAGUGUGUGGUAUUUGUUUGGAGGCGCGCGGGCGCGAGUGGCCGAGUGCGCGGCGACCGUGGUGCACCCACGCGCGCCGCCGCCGCCGCCGUCGCCAGCCGAGCACUGCGCAGUGCUCACCCGCUCAGAACCGCACGCGCAUUCAUUAAUACUGUCUUAUUAACUUUUACAGUUGGAAAAAAUGUAAAAAUGCUACUAGGUACAUAGUGUACUGUUUCGUUUACAGCAAGUGUUUCCAGUCGAACGACUGCACAUUACUUGGUCUAUAGCAUAAUUAGGCAAUCCUUUUUAAUCACCGACAUAUUACAAAAAUAAUAUAGACGUCUAUAGGAAAUAGUUUCUGGUAUUUAAAAAAGUUGACGCAACUUUUAAAAACCUAAUAAUAACGUAAUAGUACACCUACACAUAUUUUUUAAUAAAUGUGCAAGUAUAAAACUCUGAUGCUAUUAUAAUAUUUAUUUCAUAAUAAUGUACUUUAUCGCUAUGUUUUUAAGAAUCAUUUCUUGUAUGUAGGAUAAUCGUGUGAUUAGUAUUUUGGUUACGUCAAGCGUAGCGAGCGUCAAGUGAUGACUAGUUUGUGGUCAGUACCAAAUGCAGAUCGCGCAACAGGACGGCGCAUUUGUGCCAUUAAGUCUUUUCAUAUAAUUAUAUCUUCACUCUAUAGCUUUAACUUGGUACCUACACAGAGAUCGUGUAUGGCCUCUAACAAAAGACUCAGAUAUAUUUUUUAUGAACUUGUUUUCAGUUCGAUUCUGGCAAAAGUUUACCCUCUGAAACAAUAUAGAAAUCUGAAACAAUGUUAUCGCUGGGGUUGAAAGUUAAGAAUUCGUCUUAUGGCAUUAGUGCACUAUCCUUCACAGCAUUUACAAAAACCAGAAACCAUUUUUCACCAUUUCUAUAAAUAAAAAAUACUUUAUUCUGUAGAAUAAUAAAGUAAACACAAUAAGGAUGUACGUAAGUUUCCAGACUUUGUAACGUUUUCACAACCAAAAUGACAGUGGCACAUUACAUUAAAUAUAAGGGUCUAUUCCACUCUCUGUCUACGGAUAUUUCAGAAUACACUGUACAAACUAUAUAUAUAUAUAUAUAUAUAUAUAUAUACGUAGGUGAUGUUCCCUUUAUUUUGUAUAACAAAACAUUAUGUCAUUAGUUUAGUCCUCAGGUAUAGCAAGAUUCAAAAGUGUGCGGAAUCUUCAUAACUGAUGAACUGGUAUAUUUGGUAGUGUAAUAGACCUUUAAGAAAUAGGAGUCGUUUUUAAAUAUAACGGUUUUAUAUAUAGGUUACCAAAUUAUCAAUGGCUGUGUUUGUAUAGGCAUUAAUAGAAUUUUAUUUAUUAUUGAUAUUAGUAAUAGAGGUCGUUUCAUUAGUUAUGUAUAGAAGAUGUUAAAAAGUAUCUAGUUUGCGCAAACUAUGAGUUUAUUAAUAAGAAUCUAGACUCUGUUGGUAAUUUAAUUUGUCAAUUUGUACAGAAAAAGAUUUCAUUUCUAAAGUUUGUUUAGUAGUCACUCACCUUUCGAGCGCAGAAAAGAGGGAAAAUAAUAACUGAUCGCCUUAAAAUGUAUUAUAAGUAAAUUAAAUAUAGUAUUUAUUAAUGUAUAAUUUAUAUUUUAAUCACAUUUUGCAUUAUAACUAAGAGAUUGGUAAUGCAAUUUAGUUGCAGUAAGUGUUAUUAUGUGGAUAUAAUAUAAAUUACAAAU